AUGUGCCCACCAGCGUAUCGAGUCACGGUCUUACUCUCAGUGAUGUCCAGCACCUUUGGUCGCGUGAUUAAGAUGAUGUCUGAACAGUUCUUACGGGCUAGUGUUAUCGCCCUAAUUACCGCGCAGAAGUCUUACAGGGUCACGGGGGGCUCCAGUGGAAUUGGAAAGUGCAUUGCUAUCGAGUGCUACAAACAAGGUGCAUUUAUAACUCUGGUUGCACGAAAUGAGGACAGGCUGGUGCAGGCAAAGAAAGAAAUUGAAAAGCACUCCAUUAAUGAUAAACAGGUGGUGCUUUGUAUAUCAGUUGAUGUAUCCCAAGACUAUGGCCAAGUAGAGAAUGUCAUAAAACAAGCACAGGAGAAACUGGGCCCAGUGGACAUGCUUGUAAACUGUGCAGGAAUGUCAGUUUCAGGAAAAUUUGAAGAUCUUGAAGUUAGUACUUUUGAAAAACUAAUGAGCAUCAACUACCUGGGCAGUGUGUACCCCAGCCGAGCUGUCAUCACCACCAUGAAGGAGCGCCGGGUGGGCAGGAUCGUCUUUCUGUCCUCCCAGGCGGGACAGGUGGGACUCUUCGGUUUCACGGCCUACUCUUCAUCCAAGUUUGCCAUCAAGGGGUUGGCUGAAGCUCUGCAGAUGGAGGUGAAGCCAUAUAAUGUCUAUGUCACCGUCGCCUACCCACCUGACACGGACACCCCUGGGUUUGCAGAAGAAAACAAAACAAAGCCUUUGGAAACCCGUCUUAUUUCAGAGACCACGUCUAUUUGCACACCAGAGCAAGUGGCCAAACAGAUUGUUAAAGAUGCCAUACAAGGAAAUUUUAACAGUUCCGUUGGCUCAGAUGGGUACAUGCUCUCAUCCCUGACCUGCGGGAUGUCUCCAGUCACUUCUAUUACCGAAGGGCUCCAGCAGGUGGUCACCAUGGGCCUUUUCCGUAUGCUCUCUUUGUUUUACCUUGGAAGCUUCGACAACAUAAUUCGUCGCUGCAUGAUAGAAAGAGCAAAAUAUGAAACUGCAGACAAAACUGCCUAAAACCUUGGGAAAAGAAUAUUUCUAAAUAAUGUGAGCAGCUUGCUGCUGGAUGGGACCCAGUUGUUGGCCCACAGACACUUGGGUAUUGCUUUGAAUAUGUCAGAUGGGACCAGCGGACUUCGGCAACCUGGCUGCAAAGCGAGGGGGUAGAGGUUCAACUGCAGACAAUAUUAUUAAUACUAUGCAAACAUGGAAUAGGAGAGCAUCUGAUCCCUGGGUGGAGAGGUGAUGACGGUGUGGGACGUAAUAGGUGCGAGCAGGGUUGUUAACCGGAUUCCAGAGUGAUCAUUUACAUUUUCUCUAGUUACUCUUUUCUUCCCCCAUAGAGAUCAAGUCCAGAAAUCUACUUCAUGACACAUAAGAUGUUGUGAGGACUUCUUAAACCUUCUGUGAGAGGCAGUUUAUGGGUUUCUGGGGCUUUUUUUUCUCUUUUCUCUUUCAUUUAGUGUAUUUUAUUCAAGAUGAGUUUACGCGUUGCUGAUGAAUCCCUGGCUUACUGUGCUUCUUGCCAGUGGACCCCUGUGGAUUCUCUCUCUGAUCCUAUGAAACUCCAAAGGGGAUGGGAGAGGGCAGUGCAGGGAAGGGAAGGAGAUGGGCAUUUUCCAGUCAGAAAAAGAAUGCUUUCUUGUCUUCUUUAGAUUCAAACGCUUCGGGCACUUCUCAUUUUUCACUCGUGGGGAAAGGCAGCCUCCUAAAAUGUUUCUUGAAGAGAAAUAAAAUCUUAGAAGCCUAAAUGUUUACAAUUUUUUUCACUAGCCACGAUGAGCUGAAGUUUCAUUCCAUUAUAGUUUAUUCUUCUCGUCUUUUCCUUCCCAAUUUUGCUUCUACUACUCUAAUAUUUUUGUAAAAAAACACAAAAAACAACCCAUUAAAAAUUUCUGAUUUGACCUUUUCAAUUCAUUCACAAACUAACGAAAACUAAGAAAAACAAUGAAGCAGUGUGAUGAUGUUCUCGUGGUAGAUAGUAGCUUUUAGGAAAGGCUGGCGUCACAUAUUUAAAUUUCACUCAUUAAGAAAAGAAAGUUGGACACCAAAGCCAAUCUCGAAGAUACUAGAUUUUGAAGUAAAACGACUUCCCGUUGUUCCUGUGACCGUCGCAGCGACCCUGAGAACGUUCCCUUUGGAGCACGUGCUCGGGAAGCGCCGUGGUCACUGGAGCGGCUCAGCUCCGGAAACCUCGCCCUGCGCGCUGCGUCCAGACUGCGGGCCCUGCCGUUCAUUUGGUGGAUUUCCAUAGCAAGUGCCUCUGGUGAGUCUUAGCCAGAGCCACCUGCUUCGUCCUGUCCUUGUGCUCCUUCGAGUAAGGACGGCCACCUUCAUCACAACACGAUGCCCCCUCCUUGCCGUCAGGAUGCGUGUCUGGAGCACCUUCCAGCUCAUCUGGGUGAGAACAGACCACUGCUUUCAAAGAGGAAAGUUGUUUUUUUUUAUUGUUAAAAGAAACUCUACAAAAGAUUAAAGACCAAAAAACCAUAGCAAAGCCUUUUUUGCUCUUGAGCGUUUGAACCUCUUGACUUAAUUUUUUAAAAGUAAGAUGUUUGCCUGCCCGGCCAGAGUGGCUCAGCAUCAUCCCCAGCACCAAGAGGUUGCUGGUUCGGUCCCCAGUCGGGAGCAUGCCUGGGUUGCAGGCUUGAUGGGGGGCCUACAGAAGGCAAUCGAUCGCUGCUUCUCUCUCACAUCAAUGUCUCUCUCUCCCUCUCUCUCUAAGCAUGACCUUGGGUGAGGAUUUUUUUUUUUUUUAAGUUUAAAAAAAGUGAGAUGUUUAAUGGCUCUAAUCCAUGGGGUCUUAUUAAUCAAGAUGUGAGAAUGGCACAUUAAACACUAUCAAAGACAAAGAAAUUACUAUUUAAUGUUUAAGUUGCUUGGGAUGAUUUCAGUGCAGUUGAUGGGGGUGGGUUGAUGCCCUCAUGGGGUCAUGAAUCUUUCAGUCUUAGGUCGCCAUUGUCUGCAAACUCUGCGGAGUCAUAUUGUGCAGACUCUAAAGUCGAGUAAGAGCUGUAUUUUCCUAAUUUGAAGAAAACAGUUACAUUUCAUAUCUGGAUUUUUCUCAAUUUUAUUCUUUUCUCAUCAGUGUUCCUCACAUGUUGGCAUCUUCUGCUGGUCUCUAUGGAAAUCUAGUCCAAGACGGUGUCUCAUUUAAUAAAAGUAAUUAACAGUA